AAAGAUGUCAUGCCAGGCAAAGCGACCAAGGAUCCGAAAAGGCAUCCUCCCGGAGUGGGAAACUGCUGGAUGCUGCCCCCUUCGAGCAACCAGGACGGCCGAUUAACCGCUGCGUUGUUGGUGCUGCUCCAGCUUCGCUGUCCGUUCUUCGUUGCAACUUUGCUGGAAAUUCCUGCUCAACGGAGCGUCCUGGAAAGGAUCGUCGAGCGCCUUGGAUUGAAACGACGGCCGCUGCCAGUUCCUGCCUUCGCCCCAAGGUUGGGGCACACUGCGAUCUUCUCGCCUUGGUGGGAGCUCACCCCAGCUUUGGCACUGGGCGUCUCUGUUUGUUGGCUGGUCAUCUCUGCUCUUCUAGCGUCCCCGAAGCUUUCAGCCAGCCACCGAUCUCAGCUGGAUCUUUUCAAUCCAAUCCAAACUUUCAUGUCAGAGAUCAGAGCUCUCUGCUUUCAAUGGUGGCUCUGACUUUCUUGCCUGAAUACUGACUGUGUGAUAGUGGAAAGCAGAAGACACUCUUCUCUCCGAAUUCUACUAGGUUUCACCUGGUCCAGAGAACCUGGGGGCCCACAGCCAAGUGUCCCCCUGCCAUUGUAUUGUUCAUGCCAUGGCUCAUUGCCAGCAACGAUGCAAGAAGCAGCUGGGGCGAGCGAUCCGUUUCUUCUACCAGUUUGUAACUGGGACCUUAUAUCAAGACAGCAUAGAGGAUGAGUUUGAGCUCUCCACAGUUUGUCAUCGGCCUGAAGGUCUGGAACAGUUACAGGAACAAACUAAAUUCAGCCGCAAAGAGCUACAAGUCUUAUACCGAGGCUUCAAGAAUGAAUGCCCUAGUGGGAUUGUUAAUGAAGAGAGCUUCAAGCAGAUCUACUCACAAUUCUUCCCACAGGGAGAUUCUAGUACAUAUGCAACUUUUCUUUUCAACGCAUUUGAUACUGACCAUGAUGGCUCUGUCAGUUUUGAGGAUUUUGUAGCUGGUUUGUCCAUUAUUCUCCGUGGCACUAUAGAUGAUCGGCUCAAUUGGGCCUUCAAUCUCUAUGAUCUGAACAAAGAUGGCUGUAUCACCAAAGAGGAAAUGUUGGAUAUAAUGAAAUCCAUUUAUGACAUGAUGGGCAAGUACACUUAUCCAGCCAUGAGAGAAGAGGCACCCCAGGAACAUGUGGAAAAUUUUUUUCAGAAAAUGGAUCGGAACAGAGAUGGUGUGGUGACUAUUGAUGAAUUCAUUGAAUCCUGUCAGAAGGAUGAAAACAUCAUGAGUUCCAUGAAGCUUUUUGACAAUGUGAUCUAGCUGACUACACCUGGAGCCAAGACCAUCAUAUACACACCAGGGUGUCUCUCCUUGGUGUUUCUUGAGGCACUCUUCCCUUGGCUGCAUGGACAAAGCAGGCCCAUUUUGUGGAGACAAUCCUCAUGUAUUCAAGAUCCAACUGGGGUGGGAUGGGGAAUCCCUACAAGGGGAAUGAAAUGGGAGCCUUUGUCUGGAUUCAAUAAGGCUAGGCAAGGAGUGUGUCCUAGAAUUUACAAGCUCUUAUUCUGGGAAAUUAACUACGAAAUGAAUUGUUGCCUCCCCACUAAAACUGCACUGACCUAUCACUAUAUAAUGUGCUUUUCCUUAAGACUUCUCAAAAUCACGGCAACUCCACGAUCCUGCAUUAGGGCUUUCACACCCUCAAAUGGCAAUGUAAAGCAUCAAUUUUUAAAAAACUCUUGUAAAUGCACUCUUACCUUCAAGGAAGGGAGUCUAUCUGAUCUGCACCAAGGUUCUCACAGCACAUGGAGUAUUAUUCUAAUGCUUCCAACAAGUGGAGGCAAUAUUUUUCAGUGUUAAGCUAUCUUGCAGAUCUGCUGUUACAUUCAACGGAACUCAGCUUUUCUGGAGAAAACUGCAGAAGAAUGGCAUUUCGCUUUGAAUUUUUUUUUUGUUUGCCUCACACAAAAAACAUGUGGGUACUUUGUAUCACUCCAGACCGAAGUGCAAAAGAACCAUUUGCUUUUUUAAAAAAAUCAAAAGAUAAAAUUACAAAUUAUGUUCGGAUUGCUAUUCAGAGAAAAAGUACUUAAGUAAAUAAUUGGGUCAAAGAUUUUCAUUGUUCCCUGUCUUAGUAAAUAACAUGCAAACGGAAGUAGAAACAGACAAAUCUACUUAAUGGAAAUAUUUAGGUCAGAAUGCAAUCUAAAUCUGUUUCUGUGUGGCUUCACUGGAUGUGUCUCCAGAUGAUGAUGUUAUGAUCUUACUAUUAAUUACUUUCUGCAACUAGAUACUCAACAGAAGUACCAAGAGCUCCAGAAUCCUUAAAUGAAAAACAAAGAGUUCAGCUAAAAGUUUUGGAUAGUAAUAUGCUUAAUGCCAUGGUGAUAUCUACGUGUGAGGGCUCUGGACUCUUGUGGCAUUAGGGCAGAAUUCAACAUUGUGCCUUGUCUUUGAAUUAUAGGCAGAUUACAAGCAGAAGUAUUGUUGGAUGGAAGGGGCACCAUAUGAGAGAAGUAGGAAAAACAUAUAUGGGAAAACAGAGGCAGAUAUACCUGGCUGUUCCUUUCUUGUGCCAACAAUCUCCUUUUUUUGCAAAGGAACUUUCCCUUAGCAUUUACAAAAUGCGAUUUCUGUGAUUUUGUUUGCUGGUUUUGUUACUAUAGCAUUACCAUGAUAAACAACCUAUGGGCCCUUCGGUUGUCAAAGCAUUACAAACAACGAACAACUUCAGAGCAUGCUUGCUCCAAGGACAUGCCAGAUUCUAUACAGAAUAUAACAGCAACACAGGCAUGUUGAAAAGGCACAACAGGGAUGCAGUAAAAAUACAGUAAUGGGGAUGUGCUAGGGAAAUCAUUAGUAAAGGAACAAGUGAUAAAAUGUAGGUCAUUUAUAAAACACUGAAAAAAAGUGAAGCCUUUUUUUAAGGGUUUAAGUAAAAAUAAAAAUAAAUACAAGGGUGCUGAUAACAGAGCAGCUGUAUAAACUCAGGAGUACAACAUGGAAACUACAUGAAAAAGGAAGAGAAGCAGUAUGGAGUAAAAAUACAAGGAAAGAGGAGAAACUUAACACUGAAUACAUUGACAACAGUCAAUUUAGGGGAAAAUGUAAUACAGCAAGAGAUGAGACCACUUGGAACAUUCUGAAUAGAUUGGAGGAAAGAUGCCCAGCAGGAGGGAAUGAAGUAAUGAAGAUAUUAUACUGAAUCGAGAAAAGAGGUAAUAGGAAAAUAGAUAGGCUUUGUUAUUUAAAUUCAAAAGAAAACAAGCAGUAAACAUGAAAAUUUUAACAGAGGCAAAGCUGAAUCAUAACAGACAAAGAAGAUACCGAAGUACAGUAUAUAGUUAUCAUUAUAUACUACCUUCCCCCAAAAUGAUGCCCACAAAUUGUCUGGCUAUUAGACAUCUGAAAAAAGUGUUUUGGACAAUACUGUUCUAUCUCAAGAAACCCUGCAGAAAUAUUACAACAGUAGCUUUUAAGAACUCCCAAUCAAGCACGGCCAUAUUAUAGAAGUUGCAGUCUUAAUAACUGAAAAGCAUUAGAUUGGGAAGAUGGAAAGGUAAUAUUUAAUAAAUAGAUGGCUAUUUCUCACCUUAACUCCCCUGAAAAUAAAUGGUUUAUUUUAAUACACAAAUAUUAAAUUUAAUUCACAUUUCUUUUUUAAUGGCAGACUGCUCCGGUAUUUCCUCUUAAUAACCAGCCCUGAUAACUUUUGAUGUUUCUUUUUCAGUUUCAUAUUUUCCCCCCAGCUAUUAAUAAUAAUUAGGGUAUCUUGUCACACAAAGCAAGCUCCAAGGAUUUCGACAGUAGGAACUGCAAGAGGAAUAAAUAUUUCAGGACUCAAAAGAAGUGCAGGAAAUAUUGGAUUGAGUCUAGAAAUGGAAUAGGCUGGCUCAGUAUUUAUUAGCUAUGCAAACAGAUUGCCAUGCACAUUGUAGCCACAUAUGGCUCUUCCCCUUCUUGAGAUUAUUUUACAUUUUGCUAUUCCAUUACACCAUCAUAUGUAAAUUAUUAAGGAUCACUGGAAUCUAGUUCCGUAGACAAAGUUCAUUGUCACCCAUUAAGAUGUUUUAUUUUAAAUUUCUUCAAAGAAACAUUUUCUUAAUAUUUUGUAAUUUUGUUUGAUAUAAAAAAAUUCUAUUCUACUUACCAUUUUUUCUUAGUUUCCAUACUUCAUUUCUGCAAUCUCCUUCAAUGCUUCUGUUGGACUAACCUCAGAUGAAAGUCAAUUCAAUGUUCUUUAAUUCUCAAAGGCCCAAAAUAGUAGCAAGGGAGAGGGAAAAAAAUCAGUUCAGUUCCCUGACCAUCUCCAAUGGCCACUCAGGUCAGCCAAAAGAAUUGGUAUUGCCUUAAUAGCUGCUUAUUAUUCUCUAAUUUUCCUUACAACAGUUGCCUAAAGAGAUAUGUGCUAUAAUUGAUAUAUGAUGUUGUUGACAUUAGCUGUUUCUGUAUAGCGGCCAUUCAAUUUAACAUGCACAGCAUAUUAUUAAGUUUUCCAUACUGAUAGGGACAGAAAUGUCUUGCUGUGAUAUGGAAGCUCAACACAGCACAACAUGGAGAAAAGCUACACUUUAUGUUUCAUGAUUAAUAUGGAAAAAUGCCACAUGGUGGCAGAUAUUUAAAUUGGUGCUGAUAAAUAUAACUGGAGCAAAGUCAGAGGAGUAGCUUCUGGCAUUUCCAUUAGAGGAAUUCCUCAGCCAAGGUGGAUAGAAAUAUGACUGCUGUGUAUCAUUCUCUUAUACUAUUAUCAAAAUAAUUUAUUUUUAUUUUGCCUAACUAGAAUAUAUUUCUUAUUCAAAAGCAUGUAGGAUUGUCAAUACUUAUAUAGCUCUAUUUGCCAUCCAAACCAUUGCAGUCUUGCCUUUUUAAUUAGCAGAAGAUAUUUUCCCACUCCCAAGUAAAUAGUUAUCAUAUAAGUAUAAUCUUGAUUCCUUGGAACCAAGAACAACAACUCAGAGUACUUUUUUUAUUGCUGGCCUAAGGAGUCUUGGCAGAUUAAAGCAUAUUCUGCAUAACAAUUAAAUAUACCCUAUGAAAGGUUAUAGAGGUUCCACUCUGACCCUCUUCCUGCAUAGCAAGGAUUCCAGACUGAUUUGCUCCUUGGGAAAGAGCCACUUUCCUCCUGCAAGUCAGCUACCACAUUCUACCACAUCUCAUUUAUAGGAGAGAGGGGAAAUGAAGAAAUGUGCAUUGUGAUGUCAUAAUGUAAAUGUCACACUUUACUUGUGUCAGAUAUUGGAUCUUAAGCACUGUACAUAAUUGCCAUCUAAAGUUGCCAUGUAUGAGAAGGGUGGCUAUAUAAACCUGUUAAAUAAAUGAAAUAUUUGCAACAUUUAUGUGAUGACACCAUUAUGCACCUAUCAUCAUUUUGGCAUCAUUACAGUUUGUUGCACAUAGAGGUGAAUUCAUUCCUCUAUUUUCUCUUAAUUCAGAUGCAAUUUUAGAUCUAUGGGAAAUUAUCCUGGGAGCAAAUAAGGAACUCCACAUCAAUUUUCUGAUCACAAUGCACUCUACAGAUCUUUUGCCACCAGGUUAAAAUAAGGGCUUCUAUCCCCAUUUGAGGAAGCAAUUCUCCAUGCAAGGGUAUUUCACAGUUGAAAAUAAUGUCUUAGGCGAUAUAUAACACUUCAAUGAAUUCAGG